CAGGCGUUCGUGUAGACAGCCUGCAUAAAGCCCCCAAACAAACAGCACCAGGAAGACAACAACAGGAGCAGCUGAGAGAAAUUCAGCUGCGGUUAAAUCUGUGAUAAAGCAGAGAGAUCUCUCAGCGAAAGAUGAACAGCCUUUCUCCGGAGGUGGCCCUGAGCCGGAUCUCUCCUGAGUUGAGGCCUUUACUGUGCAGUGUUGUGCGCAAUGGCCGCGUUGGUUUAGACUCCACUAACUGCCUGAGGAUCACUGACCUUAAGACUGGUUGUACGUCUCUGACGCCAGGGCCUUGCUGUGAUAGAUUUAAACUGCACAUCCCGUACGCUGGAGAAACUCUUAAAUGGGACAUAAUCUUUAAUGCCAGUGACCCUGAGCUGCCUCCUGACUUCAUUUUUGGGGAAGAUGCAGAGUUCUUGCCAGAGCCGUCUGAACUACCGCAUCUGGUGGCCUGGGAUGCUGCAGACCCUGAGUGCCUCCUGCAGCUGGUGAAGGAGCUCCUGCAGCAGUACCAUCAGUACCAGUGCCAACGACUAAGGGACAGCUCACGCCUGCUUUUUGAGUACGAUAGCCUGCUAGAGGACCCCAACUACGGCCGCAGCAUGGAAAUCUACGCUGGCCGCAAGAACAGCUGGACAGGAGAGUUCUCUGCUCGCUUCCUGCUCAAACUCCCUGUGGAUUUCAGCAACAUUCCCAUCUAUCUGCUCAAGGAUACGGCUCUGGACCCAGGAGAAGAUGUGGCACUCCUUUCUGUUAGUUUUGAAGAUGCUGAGGCUACGCAGGUCUUUCCCAAACUCUUCUUAUCACCCAGCAUAGAACACGCCCUUGGAGGGCCCUCAGCCCUGCAUAUUCCUGCCUUCCCGAGUGGAGGUUGCCUCAUUGACUACGUGCCUCAAGUGUGCCAGUUACUCACAAAUAAGGUGCAGUAUGUUAUUCAAGGCUACCACAAGAGGAGAGAAUACAUUGCUGCCUUUCUUAGUCAUUUUGGAAUGGGGGUGGUUGAAUAUGAUGCUGUGGGCUUUACUAAACUCACUCUUCUACUCAUGUGGAAAGACUUCUGUUUCCUGGUCCACGUGGACCUGCCUCUGUACUUCCCCCGAGACCAGCCCACACUGACCUUCCAGUCCAUCUACCACUUCACCAGCAGUGGACAGCUCUACUCCCAGGUGCAGAAGUCCUACCCUUACAGCCCACGCUGGGAUGGCAACGAGAUGGCCAAAAGAGCCAAGGCGUACUUCAAGAGUUUUAUCCCUCAGUUCCAAGAGGGAGCGUUUGCCAAUGGAAAACUGUAGAUGCAGAACACGAUAGAGGAAGAUAUAUCUGCACAUCUGAAAUGAAGAGAAAUGGCUGGUAAAAUCUGUGCUGAAGAGAAGAGAUGGCCUUGAACGAAGAUACAGAACACUGCACGCUGUCCUUCAUGUUUGAGAAAACUCUCCCAGAUAUGCACUCAAACCCGAUGCCACCAUGAACAGUCCAUCUGAAAAAUAUUUACUGUUCUGCACUGGAGAGUCUAAACGGAACUGUGUUUACUAAACAGAUUCAGGUUAACUGAAGACUCCAACAAGAGGGAAGCUUCUUUGUGUAUGUAUGUGUUAUUCUUAUCAUGUUUUUCUCUUGUUUUUGCACAAUGCCUGUUCCUCCUUAUUUGAGAGAGCUAAAAUAAAUCCAUUUUCUUCUGUUU